AUGUCUGGGCAAUUUCGUCAAGUCGCUUACAAACUCCCGUGGGGUAAAAUCCGCGGAUUGUCUAUCGGAAACCCGAAUUCGAAAAACGUUUACGUCUGCCUCCACGGCUGGCAAGAUAAUUGCGGCCUCUUCAAGCCUCUUCUCAGUAAACUACCUCAGGAAAACCACUACAUCGCUUUGGACCUUGUUGGGCACGGCCUAUCCGAUCGUCUACCUGAUGGCUCGAUGUAUCAAUUCAACAUCUACCCUCUUGCCCUGAGCCACAUUGUUGAAUCCCUUGAUGUCUCGAAAGUGAACUUGAUUGGGCAUUCUCUUGGCGGUGGCGUUUCCGGAAUGUACACGGCACUCUUCCCGGAGAAAGUGGAGCGUUUGAUCUUGCUCGAUUCGGCAGGAAUGCCCUUGAUCAGGGACGAUUUCAAGGGCCAUACGAAGAAGGCCUUUUUGGAAAAUGUAAACUACAGAGAAAAAGAAGAAUAUCAAAACACCAAGGAGGAGCUCUUUCGAAGGCUCGAUAUUGGUAUGGAACGACUCGGAUCAGGUCUGAGUGACACCGCCAAAGAACUGUGGCUUGAAAGAGCAGCGAGGAAACUUGAGAAUGGAAAGUUUCAGCUCAACCGAGAUAGGCGCUUAGGUGGAGUUCAAAUUUAA